UUAUCGUUCAUAUGUAAGUGUAACGACUGCCUGGAAAAGUGCUAUCUUGUCAUUCAAAUAAGUCGUCUACGCGAAAUUAACAUGUUUCUUAUAAAUUUAUAUUGAACGAUAUGCAGUUACUUCUGUUCUAAACUAUAUUAUUAUUUAAGAACUUCGUCCUUAUAAAUCCAGAUUAACUGAAACAAAAUUCCAUCUAUUGGGUUUUCCCUUCUUAUCAGAAUGUGAAAACCGGUCCUUUUUAUUGUAUUAUACAUAAAUAAUUAAUAUUCUGAGCAGAAAUGACUGAAUCGUUGGACAGUGGCACUGCCAACGUCAGUAUGACGAUGGACGAGAAUUCAUCUAACUCUUUAUCUGUGAUAGAUGAGGUAUUGUUCAUUGAUUAUUUAAAGAAAACUGUGUCUACUAUAUUACAAGGAGACAAAUCGGCUACAGAACAGAUGUUAAAUUUAAUGCUCAAUGAUUCCUCCAAUCUUGAAUGUGUUAAAAAAUUUUUAACAGACUCCAAUACAUCUACUAUUUUCAUUCAAAAAAGUUACUCCAAAGAUGAAGAAACAGAAAAUGGCACAGAAGGUGAUGAAGAAAAAGAAACUCCUGUUUAUUAUUUAUCUAAUGAAGUUGUUUUCACUAAUCAAAAAAUGACUAGCUUAUCCUUGAUGAAGAGAGGAACUAUAAUAGAAGCUGACAAGCCUAUUCCUAGUCAAUUAAGAAUCGUUCAAUUCAAUGAUGGCUCACCAUAUGAAACUUUACAUGCAUUAGUUAGUAAAGCUAUAACUCCAUAUUUUAAAAGCUAUGUUAAAGAAUCUGGAAGAGCUGAUAGGGAUGGUGAUAAAAUGGCUCCAUCAGUUGAAAAGACUAUGGUUGAACUGGAAAUGGGUUUAUUGCAUCUACAACAAAAUAUUGACAUUCCUGAAGUAACAUUAACUAUAAAUCCUACUGUAUUAGCAAUGGUUAGCAAAUGUGCCGAAGAAAAUCGUAAACCAAAAGUUUCUGAUUUUGGGGCACUAGUAGAAGAUUCUAAAUUUUUAAACCAACUUCAAGCUGGUGUUAAUCGCUGGAUCAAAGAAAUACAAAAAGUAACAAAUUUAGAUAGAGACCCAUUGAAUGGCACAGCUUUACAAGAAAUAAGCUUUUGGUUAAAUAAAGAAAGAGCACUACAUCGUAUACAAGAAAAACGUGAAAGUUUGGAAGUUGGAUUAACAUUAGAAAUUUUAAAACAUGGAAAACGUUUUCAUGCUACAGUUAGUUUUGACAGUGAUACUGGCUUGAAAACUGCUUUAGCAACUGUUAAUGAUUAUAAUACUUUGAUGAAAGAUUUUCCUAUUAAUGAUUUAUUAGCUGCAACUGAUUUAGAUAGAAUUCGUAUUGCUAUUGAACAUAUUUUCAUUCAUUUGCGUAAAAUACGAAGCACAAAAUAUCCUUUACCUAAAUUGCUAAAAUUAGUUGAAGCUAUUUCCAGAGAUUUACUAUCAAAACUUUUAAAAGUAUUAGGUACAAGAUUUCUAAUGCAUAUACCAUUUGAUGAGUUUGAAAAAGUCAUGUUGCAGUGCUUUAAUGUUUUUACUGCAUAUGAUGAUGAAUUUGAUAAACUCCAAGUAAUAUUAAGAGAUGUAGUUAAAAGAAAACGUGAUGAAACAUUCAAAGUUGUUUGGAGAAUACAACCAGAUCAUAAAAGAUUACAAACUAGACUUGAACAUAUGAGAAAAUUCAGACAGCAACAUGAACAACUUCAAGCAGUUAUAAUGAGAGUACUUAGGCCUACUACCCAACAAUCGCAAUUAAGAGAAGAUCAAGAUCAAGGACCUGCUUCAUUAUCACCAGCGCCAGAUACUAGUGCAAUUGAGGAAGUUAAUUCAGCCUAUGAAAACAUUAAAGUAGUAGACUGUUUGGAUAUCAGCCGUGAAGGUGUUGAAGCUUGGGAAGCUGCUGUAGCUCGUUAUGAAGAGCGCAUUGACCGAGUUGAAGCUAGAAUUACUGCUCAUUUAAGAGAUCAAUUAGGGACAGCUCGUAAUGCCAAUGAAAUGUUUCGUAUAUUUUCUCGGUUUAAUGCUUUGUUUGUUCGUCCUCAUAUUCGAGGAGCAAUUCGAGAAUACCAAACUCAACUUAUCAAUAAAGUUAAAGAAGAUAUUGAAGCAUUGCAUGAUAAAUUUAAGACUCAAUAUCCACAAAGUAAAGCAUAUUUUUUAAGUUAUCAACAAGAUAUACCACCAGUUGCUGGCUCUAUUCUUUGGGCAAAGCUUAUUGAUAGUCAACUUUCUGCAUAUCUCCGUCGUGUUGAAGAUGUUCUAGGUAAAGGUUGGGAAGAUCAUUUAGAAGGUCAAAAGUUAAAAGCUGAUGGAGAUAGUUUCCGUUUAAAAUUAAAUACUAGAGAUAUUUUUGAUGAAUGGGCUCGUGGUGUUUUACAAAGAAACAUGGGAGUAUCUGGUAGAAUAUUUACAAUUGAAAGUACAAGGUCACGAACUGGCAGGGGAAAUGUUUUAAAGCUAAGGGUAAACUUUUUACCUGAGAUUAUAACAUUAUCAAAAGAAGUGAGGCAUUUGAAAAACCUUGGAUUUCGAGUACCUUUAGGCAUAGUAAAUAAAGCUCAUCAAGCAAAUCAAUUGUAUCCAUUUGCUAUUUCUCUAAGAGAAAGUGUUCGUACUUAUGAGUGUACCUUAGAUAAACUUAUCCUUAGAAGUGAUUACCUUAAGACUGAAGACAAAACCAGUGUUGUACCUCUUAUAGCUGGUUUACACAAAGACACUCAAGCUCUUAUUGCGGAGGGCAUACAAAUGGUUUGGGAAAGUUAUAAAUUAGACCUAUAUGUUCAAAAGUAUGCCGAACAAAUACUUGCAUUCCAAGAAAAAGUUGAAGAUUUAUUAGUUGUGGAGGAGCAACUUGAUUUAGAUGUAAAAUCUUUGGAAACGUGUGCUUAUUCUGCUAGCACUCUAGCAGAUAUUCUUUCUAAAAUUCAAAGAGCUGUUGAUGAUUUAUCUCUACGCCAAUAUUCAAAUUUACAUAUUUGGGUGACACGUCUAGAUCAACAGAUUGAAAAAAGUUUAUCAGCAAGAUUACAAGCUGGUAUACAAGCAUGGACCGAAGCUUUAGAAGGAAAAAAAAAAGAUUUAAGCAUGGAUACAGAUGCUCCUCCUCAGCCUACAAAUAAAUUAGGUGGUGAUCCUCAAAUUAAAGUUCAAAUUCUCGAAGUUAGAAUUACUAAUCAAACUAUUUAUCUAUAUCCAAAUUUGUGUGAGGCUCGUGUUCAACUCAUGCAGCAAUUUUUUGCUUGGCAAGCAGUUGUGACUUCUCAAACUAGAUUGCAAAGUUCCAGGUAUCAAGUUGGUUUAGAUCAACCAACAUCACAGACAUAUCAAGAUCUUUUAGCUAAUUUGCCAUCAGGUGAAGUUGCUUUAACAGCUGCAUUUGAUGCUAUGGAAAGAAAAAUCAAUGAAGCUGAAAAAUACAUGUCAGAAUGGCUGAUAUAUCAAUCAUUAUGGGAUUUACAAGCAGAAAACUUAUAUAACCAAAUGGGAGAAGAUAUUAAUAUUUGGAUGACUUAUCUAAAUGAUAUACAAAAGUCUCGUAAAACAUUUGAUACUACUGAAACACGUAAAGAUUUGGGUCCAUUUAUCAUAGAAUAUGGUAAAGUUCAAAGUAAAGUAGCAUUGAAAUAUGAUUCUUGGCAUAAAGAAAUUUUGAACAAGUUUGGAGGACUACUUGGAAAUAGUAUGACACAAUUUCAUGUUCAAGUUGCUAAAUCUCGAAAUGAUAUGGAAAAACAAUCAAUUGAAGCAGCUAGUACAUCAGACGCUGUUUCAUUUAUUACUUAUGUUCAAUCAUUAAAGCGCAGUAUGAAAGCUUGGGAAAAACAAGUAGAUCUUUACAAAAAGGGUCAAAAAAUAUUAGAAAGACAACGCUUUCAAUUUCCUAGUAAUUGGCUUGAUUUAGAUAAUGUGGAAGGUGAAUGGAGUGCUUUCAAUGAAAUUAUUAAAAGAAAAGAUAAAUCAAUUCAAACUCAAGUUCAAAGUUUGCAAAUGAAAAUUAUUGCUGAAAACAAAGCUGUUGAAGCUAGAACCAAUGAUUUCUUGAUAGAAUGGGAACAAGGUAAACCAGUUGCUGGAAGCACACAGCCUGAUGAUGCAUUAUCUCAGCUACAAGUUUUUGAAAAUAAAUUUACUCGAAUUAAAGAAGAGCGAGAUAAUGUAGCUAAAGCUAAGGAGGCACUUGAACUUAAAGAUCCAGCUGGAAGCACACUGUCUAGUGCAGAAGAUCGCAUGAUAGUAGUAUUUGAAGAAAUGCAAGAUUUGAAAGGUGUAUGGUCUGAAUUAUCUAAAAUAUGGGUACAAAUAGAUGAAAUUAGAGAAAAACCAUGGCUUUCAGUGCAACCAAGAAAGUUACGCCAACAAUUAGAUGGAUUGACCAAUCAAUUGAAAGAACUACCAGCUCGUUUCAGGCAAUAUUCAUCAUAUGAAUAUGUUAAAAAAUUACUUCAAAACUAUGUAAAAGUUAACAUGACUGUUAUUGAAUUAAAAUCUGAUGCACUUAAAGAUCGCCAUUGGAAGCAAUUAAUGAGGAAACUUCGAGUAAAUUGGACUUUUUCUGAUAUAACAUUAGGACAAAUAUGGGAUGUUGAUUUACAAGCAAAUGAAGCAGUUGUCAAGGAUAUUAUUAUGACUGCUCAAGGAGAAAUGGCUUUAGAAGAAUUUUUGAAACAAGUGCGUGACAUAUGGCAAUCAUAUUCGUUAGAUUUGAUAAAUUAUCAAAAUAAAUGUCGUUUAAUAAGAGGAUGGGAUGAACUUUUUAAUACUGUUAAAGAACACAUAAAUUCAGUUGCAGCUAUGAAAUUGUCUCCAUAUUAUAAGGUGUUUGAAGAAGAAGCAUUAACUUGGGAAGAAAAACUCAAUCGAAUUAACACUCUUUUUGAUGUCUGGAUUGAUGUCCAACGCCGUUGGGUUUAUUUAGAAGGUAUUUUUUCUGGAAGUGCUGAUAUUAAAACUUUACUACCAGUUGAAACUUCAAGAUUUCAUAACAUAAGUUCUGACUUUUUGGGUUUGAUGAAAAAAGUCUCUAAAUCAAGGAUGGUAAUUGAUGUAUUGAAUAUUCAAGGAGUACAAAGAUCACUUGAAAGAUUAGCAGAUUUAUUAGGAAAAAUCCAAAAAGCACUUGGCGAAUAUUUAGAAAGGGAAAGAAUGUCUUUCCCAAGAUUUUACUUUGUAGGGGAUGAAGAUCUUUUAGAAAUUAUAGGAAAUAGUAAAAAUAUUUCUAGACUACAAAAACAUUUUAAGAAAAUGUUUGCUGGUGUAGCAUCUAUUAUUUUGGAUGAAACAUCUACUAUUAUACUUGGUAUAGCAUCUCGUGAAGGAGAAGAAGUAAUUUUUUGCAAUUCUAUUUCUACAGUAGAUCAUCCUAAAAUUAAUGAAUGGCUAACCUUGGUUGAAAAAGAAAUGCGUUUUACAUUAGCAUCACGUUUAGGAGAAGCUGUCACCAAUAGCAAACAAUUUAAACAAGAGACUAUUGACCAUGAUGCUUUUAUGAAAUGGUGUGAUAGUUAUCAAGCUCAGAUAGUUGUUUUGUCAGCUCAAAUUUUAUGGAGUGAAGAUAUUGAAAUAGCAUUGCAUCAAAUUCAAAUACAAUGUGAAAAUGAAAAUGCUGCCCCUCCUAAGAUGACACCUUUAGAAAAUGUAUUGACCCAAGUUGAAACAUCAUUAAAUUUUUUGGCAGACUCUGUUUUACAAGAACAACCUCCUCUCAGAAGAAAGAAACUAGAGUAUUUGAUAAAUGAGUAUGUUCAUAAACGUAUGAUAACUCGAAGAUUAAUAGCAAGAAAAGUUUCGAGUCCUAGGUCAUUUGAGUGGUUAUGUGAAAUGAGGUUUUAUCUAGAUUCACAACAAACUGAUGUUCUUAAGCAAUUAACUAUACAAAUGGCUAAUGCUAACUUUUACUAUGGUUUUGAAUAUUUAGGAGUACAAGACCGAUUAGUUCAAACUCCUUUGACUGAUCGUUGUUAUUUAACUAUGACUCAAGCAUUAGAAGCUAGAUUAGGAGGUUCACCAUUUGGUCCAGCAGGAACUGGUAAAACUGAAUCAGUAAAAGCCUUGGGUCACCAACUAGGAAGAUUUGUAUUGGUAUUCAAUUGUGAUGAAACUUUUGAUUUCCAAGCUAUGGGUCGAAUAUUUGUUGGUCUUUGUCAAGUAGGUGCUUGGGGUUGUUUUGAUGAGUUUAACCGAUUGGAAGAACGAAUGUUAUCAGCUGUUUCACAACAGAUACAAACUAUCCAAGAAGCACUGAAAUCACAAAUGGAUUCUAAAAAAACUGAUAUCACAGUAGAGCUUGUUGGAAAACAAGUUCGUGUUUCAACAGAUAUGGCAAUUUUCAUAACUAUGAAUCCUGGUUAUGCUGGCCGUUCAAAUCUUCCUGAUAAUUUGAAAAAAUUAUUCAGAUCAUUAGCAAUGACAAAGCCUGAUCGUCAACUUAUUGCUGAAGUUAUGUUGUUUUCUCAGGGUUUCCGUACAGCUGAGAAACUUGCAUGCAAAAUUGUACCUUUUUUCAAAUUAUGUGACGAACAGCUUUCUAAUCAAUCACAUUAUGAUUUUGGAUUACGAGCAUUAAAAUCAGUUUUAGUAUCAGCAGGUAAUGUUAAAAGAGAUCGCAUACAACAUAUCAAAGGUAUCAGUGCAACAACUGAAAGACAUAGUUUAAAUGAAGCAGAAAUUGCUGAAAACUUACCUGAGCAAGAAAUCUUAAUUCAAUCUGUUUGUGAAACUAUGGUGCCUAAACUGGUAGCAGAAGAUAUUCCAUUGUUAUUUUCAUUAUUGAAUGAUGUGUUCCCUCAAGUUCAAUAUAAACGGGCUCAGAUGACAGUAUUAAAAGAACAAAUAAGAAAAGUAUGCCAAGAAGAAUAUUUUGUGUGUGGAGAGGACGAUGAACCUGGAGGUCCUUGGAUGGAAAAGGUUUAUGAGGGGGAGACAUGGCUACAAAAGGUACUGCAACUAUAUCAGAUAUGUGAGUUAAAUCAUGGUUUAAUGAUGGUUGGUCCUAGCGGAUCUGGUAAAUCUAGUGCUUGGAAAGUACUAUUGAAAGCUCUGGAAAGAAUGGAUGGAAUGGAAGGUCAAGCUCAUGUGAUAGAUCCUAAAGCUAUAUCCAAAGAAGCAUUAUAUGGAGCUUUAGAUCCUAAUACUAGAGAAUGGACUGAUGGUUUGUUUACUCACAUAUUAAGAAAAAUUGUUGAUAAUGUACGAGGUGAAAUAAAUAAGAGGCAAUGGAUUAUUUUUGAUGGUGAUGUUGACCCAGAAUGGGUGGAAAACUUGAAUUCUGUUUUGGAUGAUAAUAAACUUUUAACUUUACCAAAUGGGGAACGUUUAUCACUCCCUCCUAAUGUCAGGAUAAUGUUUGAGGUUCAAGAUUUAAAAUAUGCUACUCUUGCUACAGUAUCACGCUGUGGUAUGAUAUGGUUUAGUGAAGAUGUUUUGACUACUGAAAUGAUUUUUGAAAACUAUUUAAUGCGUUUGAAAAACAUACCUAUUGAUGAAGGCGAUGAAGAUUCAAUAUCCCUUAUACCACAACCUGUUUCUGUUAAUUCUGGAUCAGUUAAUGAUCAAUUUAUUUCUCCAUCCUUACAGCUUCAAUUAGAUAUUGUUGCAAUGCUACAACCACAUUUAUUAUCAGAUGGUUUAGUAGUACGUUGUUUAGAGUAUGCAAUGAAACAAGAACACAUUAUGGACUUCACACGACUUAGAGCUCUUGGAUCUCUGUUUUCUAUGAUAAACCAAAGUAUUAGAAAUGUACUUCAAUACAAUAGAACUCAUUCAGAUUUUCCUUUAUCUCAAGAUCAAUUGGAACAAUACAUUCCAAAAUGUUUAGUAUAUGCAAUUUUGUGGAGUUUUGCUGGUGAUGCAAAAUUAAAAGUUCGUUCUGAUAUAGGAGAGUUUAUAAGAUCUGUUACAACAGUGUCAUUACCACCCAUGACUGAAAAUAUUAUUGACUACGAAAUUAAUGUUCAUGGUGAUUGGAUACCUUGGUCUAGUAGAGUUCCUCAAGUUGAAGUAGAAACACAUAAAGUUGCAUCACCUGAUGUUGUUGUACCUACUUUGGAUACUGUUCGCCAUGAAACAUUAUUAUAUACUUGGCUGGCUGAACAUAAACCUUUAGUUUUGUGUGGUCCACCUGGUUCCGGUAAAACUAUGACUCUAUUUUCGGCUUUGAGGGCUUUACCAGACAUGGAAGUUGUAGGACUAAACUUUUCAUCUGCAACAACACCUGAACUUCUUUUAAAAACUUUUGAUCAUUAUUGUGAAUAUCGUAAAACACCAAAUGGAAUUUUUUUAUCACCUAUUCAGCUUGGUAAAUGGCUUGUUUUAUUUUGUGAUGAAAUUAAUUUGCCAGAUAUGGAUAAUUAUGGUACUCAAAGAGUAAUAUCAUUUUUACGCCAAUUAGUAGAACGGCGUGGAUUUUACAAGCCUACUGGUGAUCAAGCCUGGGUAUCCUUAGAAAGAAUUCAAUUUGUUGGUGCUUGUAAUCCUCCAACAGACCCAGGUAGAAAACCACUAUCACAUAGAUUUUUACGUCAUGUUCCUGUUAUCUAUGUUGACUAUCCCGGAGAAACAUCUUUAAAACAAAUUUAUGGAACAUUUAGUAGAGCUAUGUUGCGUUUGAUUCCUACAUUACGAGGAUACGCAGAGCCUCUUACAAAUGCUAUGGUAGAAUUUUAUUUAGCUUCUCAAGAUCGUUUCACUCAAGAUAUGCAACCACACUAUGUUUAUUCUCCAAGAGAAAUGACUAGAUGGGUCAGAGGAAUUUGUGAAGCUAUUAGACCUUUAGAAACUUUAAGUGUUGAUGGUUUAGUAAGGCUGUGGGCACAUGAAGCACUGCGUUUGUUCCAAGAUCGUUUAGUAGAUGAUUCUGAGCGUCAAUGGACUAAUGAAAAUAUUGAUAUUGUUGCAAUGAAACAUUUCCCAGGAAUUAAUAGAGAAGAAGCACUUCAGAGACCUAUUUUGUACAGUAAUUGGUUACAUAAAGAUUAUGUACCAGUCAAAAGAAAACAACUGCGUGACUAUGUUGCUGCAAGAUUAAAGGUAUUCUAUGAAGAAGAGUUAGAUGUCAAAAUAGUUCUCUUUGAUGAAGUAUUAGACCAUGUACUUAGAAUUGAUAGAAUAUUUAGACAACCUCAAGGUCAUUUAUUAUUAAUUGGUGUAUCAGGAGCUGGAAAAACAACACUUUCACGUUUUGUAGCAUUUAUGAAUGGUCUCUCAGUAUUUCAAAUUAGAGUUCAUAAUAAAUAUACAAGUGAAGAUUUUGAUGAAGAUUUAAGAGCCGUACUCAGAAGGUCUGGUUGUAAAAAUGAAAAAAUUACAUUCAUUCUUGAUGAAUCAAAUGUGCUUGAAUCUGGUUUUCUUGAACGUAUGAAUACAUUGUUGGCUAAUGGUGAAGUUCCUGGUUUAUUUGAAGGAGAUGAAUUUACAACACUCAUGACUCAAUGUAAGGAAGGAAGUCAACGAGAAGGUCUUAUGUUAGAUUCUAAUGAAGAGUUGUAUAAAUGGUUUACUGGUCAAGUAAUGAGAAAUUUACAUGUGGUAUUUACAAUGAAUCCUAGCUCAGAAGGAUUAAAAGAUAGAGCAGCAACUUCUCCUGCUCUUUUUAACAGAUGCGUACUUAAUUGGUUUGGAGACUGGUCUGAUACAGCACUUUUCCAAGUUGGACAAGAAUUUACAAGGUCAGUUGAUCUAGAUGGUCCACCUAUGUGGAAAGCUCCUGAUUUCUUCCCGUCAGCAUGUUCUUUAGUACCAAGUGUUCCAGAUUAUCGCACUGCUGUUGUCAAUGCUUUUGUUUAUGUUCAUCAAACAUUACAUAAAGCUAAUACUAGAUUAGUAAAAAGAGGUUCAAGAACAAUGGCAAUCACUCCUAGGCAUUACUUAGAUUUCAUUAAUCAUUUUGUUAAACUACAUAAAGAAAAGAGAGCAGAACUUGAAGAACAACAACUUCAUUUGAAUGUGGGUUUAUCAAAAAUUGCUGAAACUGUUGAACAAGUAGAAGAAAUGCAAAAAUCUUUAGCUGUGAAAUCAAUAGAGCUUAAUACCAAAAAUGAAGCUGCUAAUGCUAAAUUGCAACAAAUGUUUAAAGAACAACAUGAAGCUGAAAAAAGAAAAGUACAAUCUCAGGAAAUACAAGAACAAAUUAAAGCUCAACAAGUGUUGAUUGCUGAAAAAAGAAAAGAUGUAAUGGCUGAUCUAGCUCAUGUUGAACCUGCUGUUUUAGAUGCUCAACAAGCUGUCAAGGAAAUCAAGAAGCAGCAGUUAGUAGAAGUACGAUCAAUGGCUAACCCUCCAGCAGUUGUAAAGUUGGCAUUGGAGUCCAUUUGUUUGCUUCUUGGAGAAAAUGCAUCAGAUUGGAAAGCAAUUAGGGCUGUAGUUAUGAGAGAAAAUUUCAUUAACUCUAUUGUUUCUAAUUUCAGCACAGAAAAUAUUUCUGAUGAUGUACGAGAGAAAAUGCAUAGUAAAUAUCUGAAUAAUCCAGACUAUACAUUUGAAAAAGUUAAUCGAGCUAGCAUGGCUUGUGGACCUAUGGUUAAAUGGGCAAUAGCACAGGUCAGUUAUGCUGAUGUUCUUAAAAGAGUUGAACCAUUAAGAGAUGAAUUGAAAUCACUUGAAAAUCAGGCAUCAGAAAAUAAAGUUAAAAAUGAAGAAACUACAGCACUUAUUGCUCAGUUAGAGCAAACAAUUACUGAGUAUCAGGAAGAAUAUGCUCAACUAAUUUCACAAGCUCAAGCAAUUAAAUCCGACCUAGAAAAUGUUCAAAGCAAAGUUGAUCGUUCAAUUGCUCUACUGAAAUCAUUGGUUAUAGAAAGGGAAAGAUGGGAAAGUACAAGAGAUACUUUUAGAUCACAAAUGGCUACAAUUAUUGGUGAUGUUUUAUUAUCAUCAGCAUACUUAGCAUAUGCUGGAUAUUUUGAUCAACAUUAUCGUCAAAAUUUGUUUACAACAUGGUGUCAACAUCUGUAUUUAGCUGGAAUUCAAUACAGAUCUGAUAUAGCACUAACUGAAUAUUUAUCAAAUCCUGAUGAAAGACUUCGUUGGCAUGCUAACUCAUUGCCCACUGAUGAUUUAUGUACAGAGAAUGCUAUUAUGUUAAAGAGGUACAACCGAUACCCAUUGAUUAUUGAUCCAUCAGGGCAAGCUACUGAAUUUAUAUUAAAAGAGUAUGCUGAUGCAAAAAUCACAAAAACUAGUUUCUUGGAUGAUUCAUUUAGAAAGAAUUUAGAGUCUGCUCUUCGGUUUGGAAAUCCUUUGCUAGUUCAAGAUGUUGAAAACUAUGAUCCAAUAUUAAAUCCUGUAUUGAAUAGGGAGUUACGUCGUACAGGUGGACGUGUAUUAAUUACACUUGGAGAUCAAGAUAUAGAUCUGUCACCAAAAUUUGUGAUAUUCUUAUCAACCCGUGAUCCUACUGUAGAAUUUUCUCCUGACAUUUGUUCUAGAGUAAUGUUUGUCAAUUUUACUGUGACUAGAUCAUCAUUACAGAGUCAAUGCUUAGAUCGUGUAUUAAAAGCAGAACGCCCUGAUAUUGAUACAAAACGUUCAGACUUACUUAAACUCCAAGGCGAGUUCCAUUUAAGAUUGAGGCAAUUAGAAAAGUCACUUUUACAAGCAUUAAAUGAAGCUAAAGGCAAAAUUUUGGAUAAUGAUUCUGUAAUUACAACAUUAGAGAGGUUAAAACAAGAAGCAGCUGAUAUUAGCAAAAAAGUUGAAGAAACUGAUAAAGUUAUUGCUGAAAUUGAAACAGUUUCUCAGCAGUAUAAACCUUUAGCUCAAGCAUGUAGUAAUAUGUACUUUACCAUGGAUAGUUUAAACCAAGUUCAUUUCCUUUACCAAUAUUCAUUGAAAUUCUUUUUGGAAAUAUUUAGCUCAGUGCUUUUGUCUAAUCCUAGAUUAGCAUCUGUUACUGACCACACAUCUCGAUUAGACAUUGUUACUAAAGAUCUAUUUUCGGUUUGUUAUGAAAGAGUAGCUCGAGGAAUGUUACAUAAUGAUAGAUUAACAUUUGCCAUAUUAUUAUGUCGAAUAUGUUUAAAGGGAACUGCAAUUGGUAAUACAUUAGAUGCUGAAUUUCAAUUUUUCCUUCGUGGAAAAGAAGGAGUGUUGAGUUCUAAUAAUACAUCAGGCCAAGGUUCACUUAGUAGUUUGAAUCAAGAACAAAUUGAAGCUAUGAUGAGACUAUCACAUCGAAUACCAGCUUUCAAAAAUUUGCAAGAACGCGUUGAAGAAAUGCCAGAAUUUGGUCCAUGGCUAGCACAAAAUACCCCAGAACAGUGUGUACCUAAAUUAUGGGAUGAACAAACUCCAAUUAGUCCUGUAGCAACAGCAAUGUACCAACUUCUAGCUAUUCAAGCAUUUAGACCAGACAGAGUUGUUGCUUCUGCUUACAUAUUUGUUGAGGCAACAUUUGGUGCACAUCUAAUAUCUUCAGCAGAGCGCGAGCCAGAUUUGUCAACUAUAGUAAUGAAUGAGUUAGAUUGUAGUGUGCCAGCACUAUUAUGUUCAGUUUCAGGAUAUGAUGCUUCUGGUCGAGUUGAUGAUCUUGCUGCUCAAAAUAAUCAAUUGCUAUCAUCAGUAGCUAUUGGUUCAGCUGAAGGAUUCCGUCAAGCCACUGAUGCUAUUAACUCAGCUGUGCGUCUAGGACGAUGGGUUUUGCUAAAAAAUGUUCAUUUAGCUCCUCAAUGGUUAGUGCAGUUAGAAAAAAAAUUGCACAGUUUACAACCACAUUCUAACUUCAGACUGUUUCUUACAAUGGAAAUAAAUCCUGGUGUGCCUGUUAAUUUAUUAAGAGCUGGUCGCAUUUUUGUAUUUGAACCUCCACCUGGAGUUAAAGCCAAUUUGAUACGUACAUUUAACACUAUUCCUGCAUCUCGUAUGAUGAAAGUACCCAAUGAAAGAGCUAGACUAUACUUUUUACUUGCUUGGUUCCAUGCUAUUGUUCAAGAGCGUUUACGUUACACCCCACUUGGUUGGGCCAAACACUAUGAAUUUAAUGAAUCAGAUUUAAGAGUUGCUUGUGACACUUUAGAUACUUGGAUAGAAACAACAGCUAAAAGUCGAACAAAUUUGCCCCCUGAAAAAAUUCCAUGGGAUGCAUUAGUUACUUUAUUGUCUCAAUGUAUUUACGGUGGCAAAAUUGAUAAUGAUUAUGAUCAAAGACUCUUAGCAUCAUUUUUAAGCAAAUUAUUUACGCCACGUAGUUUUGAAGCUGGUUUCGCAUUAGUUGGUAAUGUUGAUGGCGUUGGGGGUGAUAGCAACAGGCAAAUUACAAUGCCUAAUGGAUCACGGCGAGAUCACUUUUUGUAUUGGAUUGAAAAUUUAUCAGAUAGACAAUCACCUUCGUGGUUAGGAUUACCUAAUAAUGCUGAAAAAGUAUUAUUAACUACUAGAGGUACUGAUUUGGUAAGUAAAUUGCUUAAAAUGCAACAACUUGAAGAUGAAGAUGAACUUGCUUAUGUUACUGAUCAAGUAUCAAAAGAUGGUGGACCAGAUUCCAACAUAGGAUUACCUUCUUCUGAUGGACGUCCUGCUUGGAUGAGAACGUUGCAUAAUUCUGCAACAACAUGGCUUCAAUUAUUGCCUCAAUCUCUUCAGAUUUUAAAGCGUACAGUUGAAAAUAUUAAAGAUCCUCUUUAUCGUUACUUUGAACGAGAAGUUAAUUUUGGCUCAAAGUUGUUGCAAGAAGUUAUUCAUGAUUUAAAUGAAGUAGUUGCAAUUUGUCAAGGAGAUAAAAAACAAACAAAUUAUCAUAGAACUUUAUUGAGUGAUCUAGUUAAAGGAAAAUUACCAGCAGGUUGGCGUAGGUAUACUGUACCUAGUGGUUGUACUGUAAUUCAGUGGGUAUCUGAUUUUAGUCAGCGUGUAAAACAAUUACAACAAGUAUCACAACUUGUCUCUCAGCGUGGUGCAAAUCAAAUCAAAUCUUUUCCAGUUUGGCUUGGAGGUCUUUUAAAUCCAGAGGCCUAUAUUACUGCUACUAGGCAGUGUAUUGCUCAAGCUAAUUCAUGGUCUCUUGAGGAAUUAAUUUUAGAUGUUACAAUUACUGAUUCAUUUGAAUUUAAUUCUGAUAAACAGGAUGAAUGUAGCUUUGGAGUUAUUGGUUUAAAAUUACAAGGUGCCCAAUGUCGUAAUAAUCAGUUAUUGUUAACCUCAUCUAUAAUGACAGAUUUACCAGUAACACUGCUGCGAUGGACACAUAUUUCUACUGAAGAACAUUCAAGACCUGAUAAAUUGUCCUUACCUGUCUACUUGAACUCUACACGUUCAGAAUUAUUAUUCACUGUUGAAUUGGAUGUAGCCCCUGGACAAGAUCAUCAUACAUUUUAUGAAAGGGGUGUUGCUUUAUUAACGUCUACAGCUUUAAAUUAGUUAUAAAAUUAAAAUAUUUUUUAUCAUACCAUUUUUAAUACAGUAAUCUUUAUUAUGUCACGGCCCCAAAAUAAGGUGCCAUUUUAUUUUAGUAUUUGUAAUGUUCCAAACAAAACUUUUUUAACUACUGUGAAUACAUUUUAUUUAUUCAUCAAUUAAUUAUAAAUUAUUAAAUGUCUAAUUUUAUCAUACUAAUUAAUCAAUUUUUAUAACUAAGUUAUUUAUUUUUCUAAUUAGACAAUAUUUUUUCAUAUUUAAAAUAUUGUUGUACAUUUUUUUGUACUUGGUUAGAAUUUCUCUUUAUAAAAUUUAGUUAUAUUAAGUCAAUGUUCUGUUAUUGUCCCUAGAAAAUAAUUAUGCAAGUUACUUAUUUUAAUUUAUUUCCGUGUUUUUAUUGCUGAAAAUGUUUUAUUUAUUACUAUUUUUUUGAAUGUAAAUAUAAUAUCGUUAAGAGCUUUUAAUAAAAAUAAUAUUACUAAUUUUAA